AAGAACGUAUCGAAGAGAUUAGAAGUCAAUAUUCCAAGUCAGAAAGGAAUCGCCUGGCUACUGAAUAUGGUAUCGUGAAACUAGAAGCUUACGACAUGCUUAAAUGGGAUCGGCAUCUCCAAACCCCACAAGAUGCAUAUCAUUCUAUAUCCGAAAAAGUACGCACACUACUAGAUGCAACAUUCAAUGUGUUCAAUGCAGUUGGCGAAAUUGAUUUUAUUAAGUCUUGGAAAAGAAUUGAAAAGCCUUCUCACUGGUGUCGGAUGCCAAAUCCUUUAAAACAUCGUCAAAGUUUUAUAUUUUGUGACAUGUUAAAACUUUCAAUGCUAAUGCCAUUUAUACUUCGACGUUUUUUAAAACCACAUCACAUAAAAUCAGAUGCUUUGAAUAAUUGGAGUGUGAACCUUGGAAUAAAACAAAAUUCAGUUACAUCAAAAUUAUGUAUAUGUUGGGCAAUCGAGGCUAAGGCAUUAAAGCUUGCAUUUUCAAAUACUAUGUCAGAAAAUAUUUAUCAAGAAUUUCAAGAAUUUCUUAACAGAGAACGUGACGUACUUAUAUAA